GUGGCACCGCUACUUGUGACCGAGGGCUAUCUAUGUGUCCAGAUCCUCUCUUGACAAUGAAUUAAUUUUCAAAGUGACCUAGCUGAAUCCUUAAUGACGAGACCCGAACCCUAUCUGAGUAUCUCUCUUGCCAUAAUCUAGCCGUUGAGCCGCACCGGGUUGGCGCCGCUCACAUAUAUCCCUGCUGCAUCUUUGUCGGUCAUGAUGCGAACUACUGCAGCAACUUCUCACACAGACAUACUAUCCUUUCUCGAGUCGACCUACGCACUGUUCAUUUUCCGCUCCCUAUCCCGACGCAUUCAGUGACACUUUGUGUGCGAACAAUAUCUCACGGUUUCGCCUAUUCGUUUCAUCAUUGUUAUCCUGUACCAACAUAGAAAGUGUCUUCCGAUCAUCCAUUAGAUUAAACCUUACGCAAUGCCUGGCUUACCGGCAAGUAUUGACCUGGACGAGUGUAUAGAGAGGCUCUAUAGAAAAGAGUUGCUGGCAGACUCUGUGAUUGAGGCAAUAUGCGCCAAGGCUAAAGAGCUGUUGAUGAAGGAGAGCAAUGUGGUGCAUAUUGCGGCUCCAGUGACAGUGGUUGGAGAUAUCCACGGACAGUUCUUCGAUAUGCUUGAGAUAUUCAAGAUCGGAGGGUUCUGCCCAAACACAAACUAUCUAUUCCUAGGUGAUUAUGUGGAUCGUGGUUUGUUCAGUGUGGAAACGAUUUCUCUUCUUAUCUGCUUGAAGUUACGAUACCCCCAACGAGUACAUCUUAUUAGAGGAAAUCACGAGUCUCGUGGUGUCACACAAUCCUACGGAUUCUAUACCGAGUGCGCACGGAAAUACGGCAACGCUAACGUUUGGCAUUAUUUCACGGAUAUGUUCGACUUCCUCACCCUGAGUGUGGUUAUUAACGAUCAGAUUUUCUGCGUGCACGGCGGCCUAUCACCUUCCAUCCACUCCAUAGACCAGAUCAAAAUUAUCGACAGAUUUCGCGAGAUCCCACAUGAGGGCCCCAUGGCCGACCUGGUCUGGUCCGACCCGGAUACCGAACGCGAUGAGUUCUCCCUUUCUCCAAGGGGAGCUGGGUAUACAUUUGGUGCACAGGUUGUUCGGAAAUUCCUCGAGGUUAACAGCAUGUCCCAUAUUCUGCGGGCGCACCAGUUAUGUCAGGAGGGGUAUCAGAUUCUCUACGAUGACCGGCUGAGCACCGUGUGGAGUGCACCGAAUUACUGUUAUCGGUGUGGUAAUCUUGCUAGCGUCCUCGAAGUCAGUGAUACUGGUGAGAGGUUUUUCAACAUUUUCGAUGCGGCUCCGGAAAACGAUGUCCAUCGCGGCGAACAACAAGCACAGCAGAAUAAGGACGGACAGAACCCGGUGAUUGACUACUUUUUGUGAUACCCUUUCUUCUCCUUCAUAUAUUUUUUAUUUCAUACCAUGUUCCAUUUAUUCAAUGCAAUCCUUUUCUUUUUGUUUGGAGUUUUGGCAGAUGAUGGUGAAGCAUUAAUAGACAGCAUUGCAAUCUGGAAGUAGAAGGAGCAUUAAAUGGCGGCGAAGCACACCAACAAAUGAACCCACGGGGC